AUGGCAUCUGGCCCUGUCCUGCAGAAGGAGAGAGUGUUCCAGUCGGGAGCCCAUGCCUACAGAAUCCCCGCUCUGCUCUACUUGCCGGAGCAGAAGACCCUGCUGGCCUUUGUGGAGAAGCGGAUGAGUAAGAAGGAUGAGCACGCAGAGCUGAUUGUCCUACGCAGAGGGCACUACGAUGCAUCAGCACACCGCGUCCAGUGGCAAGCUCAGGAGGCAGUGGCCCAAGCCCAGCUGGACGGCCACCGGUCCAUGAACCCGUGCCCCUUGUAUGACGAGCACACAGGGACCCUUUUCCUCUUCUUCAUUGCCAUCCCGGGGCAGGUCUCCGAGCAACACCAGCUGCACACCAGGGUCAAUGUGACGCGGCUGUGCCAAGUCACCAGCACCGACCAUGGGAGGACCUGGAGCCCCGCCAGAGACCUCACCGGCUCAGCCAUUGGCCCAGCCCACAAGGAAUGGGCCACCUUUGCAGUGGGCCCAGGGCACUGUCUGCAGCUGAACAACCAGACCCAGAGCCUGGUGCUGCCCGCUUACGCCUAUCAGAACCUGCCCCCUCCCCAGGGGCCAUCCCCCUUCGCCUUUUGCUUCCUCAGCCAUGACCACGGGGACAAGUGGGAGAGAGGGGGCUUUGUGGCCCAGGACACCCUGGAGUGCCAGGUGGCUGAAAUCGGGGCUGGGGGUGAGAAGCUGGUGUACCUCAAUGCGAGAAGCUCCCUCAGAGCCAGGGUCCAGUCCCAGAGUGCCAACGGUGGGCUUGAUUUUAGGGAGACUCGACUGGUGAAGCAGCUCAUGGAACCGCCCCACGGCUGCCACGGCAGCGUCGUCAGCUUCCCCAGGCCCAGCUCAGAGUCCGGCUCCUCUGAGACGUGGCUGCUCUACACCCACCCGACUGACCCCCAGCGGAGGCUCAACCUGGGUGUCCACCUCAAUAAGCAGCCCCCAGCCCCCGAAGCCUGGUCCAAGCCGGCUCUGCUGGCCACGGGCAGCUGUGCCUACUCCGACCUUCAGAGCAUGGGGACUGGCCCCGAUGGGUCCCCGCUGUUCGGGUGUCUGUACGAAUCAGAUAAUUACGAGGAGGUCGUCUUUCUCAUGUUCACCCUGAAACAAGCCUUCCCAGAGGAGUUCCCGCCUCAGUGAGCCAGCUGGGCUGACCCAGCAGGGCCCACCUCCUGCUUCCAUACACCGGCUGAUGCGCUU